AUGAAGGUUGAACAGUCUCAGAUAUCUAAUCAGCUUCCAACAGUUGAAAUGGAUGUUAAUAGUGAUAAAUGCUGUUUUAUUGUUGACAGUGGUUCUAGGUAUAACCUAGACCUACACAACAAAGCGUAUCGAGAGAUACGAAAGAAUACUCUAAAAUGUGGCAAGUUAUGUCCUGCUGAUACAAAGGUAUUUGCUUAUGGCAGUGAAAAACCAUUGAAAUUCAUAGGCAAAUUUGCUGCAAAUGUGAAGUCAAAUGAUGGCCAGCAACUGUCAGCUUAUUUCUAUGUAACAAAACAUGCCAACAGUUGUUUAAUGUCUAAUGACACAGCAAAACAACUUGAAAUACUGAAGAUUAUACAUUCCAUUGAAAAUGAACGAGAAAGGCGUACAAAGGAAAUUCUGUCAGAAAUUCUAUUUCACGGUGUCGAAAAACUCAAAGAAUGCCAAUUAAAGCUGAACAUCGAUGAAUUUGUGGAUCCAGUACAUCAAAAACACGGAAGAGUACCAUAUAAAUCCAGGUCUAAAGUGGAAAAAGCAAUAUGA